AUGUGCCGGUUUGACGGCCUGUGCGCCAUUGCUAAAGGUUUUUUUAAAAAAAUAUUUUUUUAAGCCAUUUUCGUUUAUUUUUCUUUUUAUUUAUGAUAUCUAUGGGAGCAUAUAAAAAAAUUGACGAUGAAUCAAAAAAACAUUCAAAACUGUUAAAACAUGAAAAAAAUUCAAAAAAAUUCAAGGAUCUUCAGCAUUUCUUUGAAAAAUUUGGAACAGAUAGCAUACGAAAAAAAAUUAAAAUUAAGCAAAAAAAUACGAAAAAAAUUAGCAUCGACUUUUUUUAUAAACUUAACUGAUUGUCAUUAAUAUUUUUUUGGACGUUGGGACCCUUAUUUCAAAAACUGAAAUGAACUUUCUCAGAACACCGAAAUGUGUGCAGAGCCUGCCGUUUGAAGCAGUGUUUCUUGGCCGGAAUGAAUCCAAGAGGUACAGUUCUAACUGAAUUUGAUGUUUCUACGUCUUGACAAGUUUCAGCUGUCCAAUCUGAACGAGAACAACGCGGAUCCGUCGAUCAACAGCAGGAAGAAGACGACGAUUCGACCCAAAUGUCGCCCGAUCGGUAUUUCAAUUCACUUUUUUCAUUGGGAGAAGUAGAAAAUUCAAUUUUUUCAUUUUGAAAUGAGUUAACACUCAUCUCUGUUUCCGAUUUCGAUCAAAAGGAAGUUGGAUUUUUUUGACUGUUCUUGGUUUUAAUUGCCAUAUUUCUAUUCUUUUCCUUAAAAGGGCGGUCCCUUCACCUCUUGGUUAAAAAUUUCCGAAAAUUAUCGCCUUUUUUGAUCCUUGAGGUUUGAAUCCUGAAUAUUUUCUAGUUUUGAAGAAAAUAGGAGUCAAAUAUUGAACCAUUUGAACAGUUUUUUUCGUUUUUGACCUGGAUUUUCUCAAGAAUUAUCAAGUUUCAAGGGUUGAGAUUUUUAGAAUCGUCAUUUAAUAAAUCAAAAAUAAUUUUGGUGAAGUUUCGAGAAGUUUCAGAACUCAUGUCAAAGAAAAUUACCUUCCUAGUGGGGACUUUCAAAUUUGUACCCUUUCUGCACGAAAUUUUGCAACCCAGAACCAUUUUGAGAUCAAGUAGCCUUUUUUUUUCUCCGAGAGAAGUUCAACUUUUACCUGCCCACUUGUUCGUCUAUUUUUACACGAGAACAAACCGUAUUUUCUUUUUUCUCAUUGCUCUCUGCAAACACAGACGCGGAACUUUGAACUUUCAAUGGUCAUCGAUUUUUUUUUGUGGAUUUUUCACGUCAUAAAAUAAGCAAGUUGCAAGUUGGGUGGUGAUUUUUGGGACAGGUGAAAGGGAAGUUGGGGGAAAUGAGUCGAAAAAUUGGAAAAAUAGUAUUUUAUUGGUCUUUUUUGCGACAUAUCAGAAUUUUUCGUUAAUAGAAAAAUGCAGUUUUAACUUUAGAAACGCCAGAGUUGUCCCUAUAGUGUUUGGGAAGAAAAAAAGCCGCCUUAGGUGACAAAAAAAGCGGCCCCUUAAGGGGUAAAAUUUAGGCAAUCAGGGACCCUCAAUUUUGCCCCUAUAGGGACCACUCUGGAGUCCCUACAACUUUGAGAAGGCGGAAAUUUAGAAAAUAAUUUGUUUUUUUUUCUCAAAUGAGGCUGUACUGUUAAAAAAUUGCAUGAAUAAUUCAAAAAUUAGUGUCAUCAUCAUUCAUUAAAUAGAAUAAUAUAAUAAAAAAAUAGAAGUUUUUUUGAACUUUUUUUCAAAUGCAUUUUUGUGAUAUCUGUUCAAAUUUCUACCAGUUUUACUAUUAAAAUUCUUUUUUUCUUCUAUAAAAUUAUUUUUUUUCCAGUUGCUCCGUCGAAAUUCAAACCGAUUGGGCUGUGAAGAGCGAGCCGAUUUCUUACACCUUUGACGAUGAUCUUCAAAGGUAAUUUUAUCGAUUUUUGAAUUUUUAUCUUAUGUUUCAAAAAGUUUUUGUUUGAUAUGAAUUUUUCUUUAAACAUAAAAGUUUUUAGAUACGCCGAAAGACUCGUUGAAAUGCACCGCGCAGUUUGCUCCAGAACCGAUCCUAACACUGACCAUACUCAAGGUAUCAAUUUCACUCCGUAUCAAUAGUUCGCUGCGCACCAACUCAAAGUUCCUACGACAAAAGUUCUUGUGACUCAUCCAAUUAGCAAACGCGCGGAGUGUGUGUUUCUCCUCGCGCCAUUCGCCCUCGCCGUCCGUUGUGGUCUAGUGGUUAGGAUUUACGGCUCUCACCCGUAAGGCCCGGGUUCGAUUCCCGGCAACGGAAGAAAAUUUUUUGCCAUUUUUCCAACACUUGAAAAUCAUUGUUUUUCAUAGAACCGACAUCUUCCACCAGCGUUUCUUUCAUCAGCGCGUUUUACAACACUGCGUUGAUGUCUCCAAGGACGCCGGUACCACUUUUUUGUUUUUAUAAUCACGAACAAAGAUUUUUCAGUUGAUAAUAACUGGGGAGCGGAUUGGAACGAUGCGCGAUGUCGUGCAGGACUGGAGGCGGAGUUUCGUUCUUUUUGCGGAUUGGUUGAGAGCCCUGCCAGAGUUCAAUCAAAUGGACUAUCAUGAUCAGGUUUUCAAGAAUUUUCGAAAGAUAUAAAGAACUUUUUUGCAGAUAGUUCUGGCAAAAAAUCGCUUCGGUCCAUUUUAUUGGUGGAUGUGUGCAAAUUGGACGGUGGCUGCGGGUUGUGACGGCGUUUGCUAUGCCAAUGGAGCGUACUUUCCCAGGAAACCCAAGCUUCAAUGUCUACCUGAUGUUAGGUAGGUCGCGAGUGGUAUUGAAAUGCGCCCGACUGUAAAACGACUUGCGCGCGGGGUUAUCGUAAAAUUGAACCUCUAUCUUACUAUGGGACGUUUUUUCCACUCCGGUAUAAAGUUCACUUGAAACCGAAAGGAUAUGUGAAUAAUUUGGCUUCCCAGAGGUUCAACUGACCGUAUGAUGGCCCUCUUGGCGACACCAAUCCGAGAACUUCAACUGGAUGAAACUGAAAGGGUUCUCAUGUUGGCCGUGAUCGCCUUCAGUGAUGGUGAGCUUUUUCAUAAAAGGAAACGUUUCCGCUAGUUCAGUUCAUUUUUUUAGUUGACUGAUUCUCUUGACACGCUCAGAAGCUCCAGAGUGGUCCCUAUAGGGGCCCUUGAAGGCUCUUCAUUUAGGGACCACUUCAGUAACCUCUAUGGGGGCCAAUUAAGCUUCAAAAAGUGGCCCCUAUAGGGAUCGUUCUUGUCGUUGAUUGUCAUGAGGUCUAUGAGAAGGAGCAUUCCUAUGCAAAAAAAACUCAAAGAACAUUUUUUAAAUUGAAAAAGGUCAAUAGAAAAUCAAUCUAUCUAUUUUUUACAUCUUUUCGAUUUUUUGAUCUGAGCCAAAAAUAAAGACCCUUAAAGGGACCACUUAAGCUUUACGGCCUUUGGGGCUCCAACCUAAACUCCUAUAGGGGCUCUUUUUCUCCCUAACCCCUAUAGGGACCACUCUGGCCUUCCUAAAAGGAAGGUGGUUUAAUUUUGCAAUCUGAAAUCUCUUGAAAAUCACUCUUUCAAGGCGUAUUUUCAUCUUAAAAUCGUUCCUUAAUUUCAGAAAAUCCCAACAGUUUCCAAUGCAGUCCCCCAAAGUCGUUUUAGAAAUUUCAGAGCUGUCGGACCUGACGCCGACGGGCAAGGAGCACGUUCGGCAAGUGGGAAGCCGCUUCGUCAGAAUGCUCCAUCAGCACAUCAGAGCGAGGGAUUACGGUGGCGGGUACGGUAGUCCCGCGGGCGAAGAUUCCUCGGCGGCGGUCCGGAUCGGCAAGAUGAUGAUCCUGCUGUCGGCCACCACUGUAAGGGAUUCAGGGGUUUUCAGGAUGGAUAAGAUUUUUUUGUAAAUCGAAAAUCAUCAAAAAAAAAGUUCAUUUGCGCUCCACUGAUAAUCAAAAUCACUCGGACCUUGGUAAAGUAAAUCGGGCGCUUCAGAGCUCCAAGGGAUCCCUUUAGGGGCUUCAGAACUCUUAAGUGAUUGCUUUAAUUGCUCAGGAACGUCUUGCGUUACUUCUUUCAAAGUACUUUAGGUCAAAAAAUUAUUCCUUUUGCCCAAAGUUUCAAUUGAUUGGUCGCAAUUGGAAUGGCUUGAAUUUUUUGAUUUUUUAAGCUUUUCAAUGUUUCAUGUAUCAAUGAAUUUGUAUGGUAGAGAAAAAUAGCCCCGCACUUUUGAGUGAUUUGCGCUCCAUGGACAAAAAUACUGGUCCCCUUUUCGAAAGGGCCUUAUUUCUUCAUAAAGUAAAUAGAAAUUAGUAGAUUUUUUUCUCCAAAUUAAAAACAAUUUUUUUCCAGCUUAUCAUGCGCUCUGAUUUUUUUGAUUUUUUUAAAAAUUUGAAAUCAACAGUUUCUUCUAGAACCUCGUCUACCUGACCUCCGACAAUAUCCAGCUCAACGACGUCCUUCACCUGGUCCCGUGCGAGUUCAAAAGUUCCACCGAACUACAAGUUGUUCAUGAGUCAUUCCGCAAAUUUUGA